ACUUUAAGGAAUACUCUCUUUCUCAAUCCAUAAAAAAAAUGGAAAAGAUGAAGUUCUUACAUACUCUCUAUGCUCUCCUCACUCUAUCUCUAUACAUUCACACUCCUAUCAUCUUUGCUAACAACAGUCCUCAAUCAGAUUCCACCACCUCCAUCCUCGAUGUCUCAUCUUCUCUACAACGAACCCUCCAAUUAGUUCUCUCUUCCGAUUCCGAUCGACAGCAAGGAACUGUCAAAAGACAUGGCCGGUCAUCUCUUAACCUGUCAACCAUCUCUCUCUCUCUUCACCCUCGCUCCUCCCUCCACAAACCUCUCCACAAAGAUUAUGCCGCCCUCACUCUCUCCCGUCUCAACCGCGACUCCACCCGCCUCCAAUCCAUCUAUUCCUCCCUCCAAUUCAACAACCCAAAAUCUUUCCAAACGCCGCUAACUUCCGGCGUAAGACUAGGCAGCGGCGAGUACUUUUGUCGAAUCGGCAUCGGAACCCCUCCGAGGGAUUACUACAUGGUAAUCGAUACCGGAAGUGAUGUGAACUGGUUACAGUGUAAAUCCUGUGUGAACUGUUAUCAACAAACUGACCCGAUAUUCGACCCGAUAAACUCAUCUUCAUAUAGACAACUCUCAUGCGGGUCAACCCAGUGUCUUGCUCUUCAGGUCUCGGCUUGCAGAGUCAACUCGUGCCUGUACCAGGUUUCGUACGGAGAUGGGUCGUUCACGGUCGGGAACUUCGCCACCGAAACGUUAUUGUUCGGGAAGUCAUCGAUCCCGAACGUUCCGAUUGGUUGUGGUCAUAAUAAUCAGGGUUUGUUUGUAUCCGCCGCCGGAAUUAUCGGUCUGGGCGGCGGGACUCUCUCGUUACCCUCGCAGUUGAAAGCGAAGUCGUUUUCGUACUGUUUAGUUGACCGCGACUCGUCGGGCUCAUCGACCCUCGAGUUCAACUCAGUUACCCCGGUUGACUCGGUGUUUGCCCCGUUGAUACGAAACCCUAAAACCCGAACCUACACUUACAUAGGGUUAACCGGAAUUAGCGUGGGGGCAAGGCCGGUUACAAUUCCUCCGACGGUUUUUAAAAUCGAUAAUACGGGUCGGGGAGGGACUAUUAUAGAUUGUGGGACCGCGGUGACUCGGCUUCAAGUUGGAGCGUACAACCCUGUUCGGGAUGCGUUCCGUCAGCUGACUCAGAAUUUGACGUCAGCUGACGGGGUUUCGAUUUUCGACACAUGUUACGAUUUUUCAUCGACGCCGACUGUUAUUGUGCCUACGGUUUGGCUUGUUUUCGAAGGGGGGAAGAUUUUAAGACUUAAACCGGAUAAUUAUUUGGUGCCGGUGAACUCGGGUGGGAAGUUUUGCUUUGCGUUUGCACCAACGGAUCGACCUUUAUCGAUAUUAGGUAACAUACAGCAACAGGGCACACGUGUGAGUUAUGAUUUGGUGAACUCGGUUAUAGGGUUUAGUCCGAAUAAAUGCUAAAAAAAAAAAUUGAGCAUUAAAAUGUAUUACAUGAAUGAAUGAAUGAAGUAGUUGGAUUUGGGUAAUAGUUGGGAUAAUCAAUAAUAAUUGUUAUACUAUUAUUGUUGGGAAACAAGAGCAUGUGAGUUUGUUUUGUUGGAUUUAAAUAAAAUGGGACCAUCUAUUUAUGUCGCA